GCCUUGCUCGCCAACCACCACCAUCGCUCACACGAAUCUCGCUGAUCCGCUAAAAACAACGCACAGUCUCUUCAUUUACGACCAUGAACGCCAGUGAACUCCUCGCAAAUACCCUCUCGCCCGACGCACAUACGCGUGACGAUGCUACCCAAAAGCUUGAGAAUGCAUCCAGGGAGAACUUCCCCGCGUAUGUUGCAAUGCUCGCGUCGGAGCUGGUCAACGAGUCUUCACAGCCACACGUGAGGAACGCCGCUGGUCUUGCGCUUAAGAACUCCCUAUCAGCACGCGAAAUCGCGCGACAGACCGACUACGCCAACCGCUGGCUCGCGCUCGACGAUGGGACGAAGAACAAAGUGAAGCAAGACGCGCUCAUGGCCCUGGCCUCUCCCGCUGGUAAGGUCGGUACGGUAGCUGCGCAGGUCGUGUCUGCCAUCGCCGCCGUCGAACUGCCACAGGGGCACUGGAUGGAUGUCAUUGGGAUCCUGCUGGGCUUCGUGAGUGACCAGUCGAAUACGAGCCUCCGCGUCGCCACCCUGCAAACGAUCGGCUUCACCUGCGAAGCACUACAAAACAAACCUGAGAUCCUCUCGAUGCGCUCCAAUGAAAUUUUGACUGCGGUCAUUCACGGAGCACGCAAGGAGGAGCCUUCGCAGGAAGUUCAACUCGCGGCUAUCCAGGCAUUGCUCAACUCCCUCGAGUUUGUUCGGGACAACUUUGAGCGAGAGGGCGAGAGAAACUACAUCAUGCAGGUGGUCUGCGAGGCAACGCAGAACGCCGCUGUUCCUGUCCAGGUCGGAGCAUUCGAGUGUCUUGUGAAGAUCAUGUCUCUGUACUACGACAAAAUGAACUACUAUAUGGAGCGCGCGCUUUUCGGGCUCACUGUCAUGGGCAUGAAGCACAGUGAACCAGAGAUAUCCCUUCAAGCGAUUGAGUUCUGGUCAACAGUAUGUGAACUCGAGAGUGAGCUCGCGUGGGAGGCGUCUGAGGCGAACGAGUACGGCGAAGUGCCCGAGAACGAGAGCAAGUUCUUCGCGAAGAUUGCGAUGCCUGAAAUCGUCCCUGUCAUGCUCGACCUGCUUACCCACCAGGAUGAGGACGCCGAUGAGGACGAGUGGGACGUUUCGAAGGCUGCCGCCACAUGUCUUGGUCUGCUUGCACAAGCUGUGCAGGACACCAUCGUGGCCGCAGUCAUCCCCUUCAUCGAGGCCAACAUUCGGUCGACCGACUGGCACAUGCGCGAGGCGGCCGUCAUGACCUUCGGCUCCAUCCUCGAUGGGCCGGAUCCGAACGUCCUUACCCCGCUCGUGAACCAGGCGUUGCCCAUCCUCAUCGACAUGAUGGCGGACUCGAACAUUCAUGUCAAGGAUACCGUUGCCUGGACUCUCGGCCGCAUCUGCGAUCUCCUGAUCUCAACUAUCCAAGCCGACGUUCACCUGCACCCCAUGGUUUCUGCGCUGGUUGCUGGUUUGCAGGACAACCCGCGUAUCGCUGCUAACUGCUGCUGGGCGCUCAUGAACCUUGCCGACCAGCUUGGUUACGUUGAGGGUGACGAUCAGGAGACCUUCAACCAGCCCAGUGUACUUUCCCCAUACUACGAGGGUGUCGUCCAGGCUCUGCUCCAUCUGACUGAGACUGCCACCAGUGAGGGCCAGCACAGAACGGCUGCCUACGAAGCGAUCACUUCCUUCGUCACACACUCAACGCUCGAUACUAUCCCCGUCGUCCAGAACACGGCCGUAACGAUCCUCCUGCGUAUGGAGCAGCUGCUCGGUAUGCAGAACCAAAUCGUAGGUGCCGACGACCGCAACAACUGGAACGAUCUGAUGAGCAACUUCUGUGCUGUUAUCACUAGCGUCAUCCGCAAGCUCGGCGACGGCAUCCAACCCCUCGCGGACCGCAUCAUGACUCUCCUGCUUCAGCUGAUCAACGCUGCCGGCAAGACCUCCACACUCCUUGAGGACGCCUUCCUCGUUGUCGGCGCGCUGUCCGCGGCGCUCGAGCAGCGCUUUGCGCCCUACAUCUCCGCCUUCCUCCCGCACCUCUACCCGGCGCUCAAGGCGCACGAGGACACGCAGCUUUGCACCGUCGCCGUUGGCAUUAUUGGCGACAUCUCGCGCGCGCUGGGUGAUCAGACAGCGCAGUACUCAGGCGCUUUCAUGAACGUGCUCCUCGAGAACCUGCAGAGUGACGUGCUCAACCGGAACGUCAAGAUCUCCAUCUUGUCCUGCUUCGGUGAUAUCGCGAUGGCCAUCGGCCCCGCGUUUGAGCCCUACCUGUCUGCAACGAUGGGCGUGUUGAGGCAAGCGGGUGCCGUGCAGCCGAACCCGCUCGACAUCGACCUCGUCGAGUACGUCAGCCUUCUACGUGACGGUAUCCUCGAGGCGUACACCGGCAUUGUCGCCGGGUUCAAGAACACGCCCAAGGUUGAGUUGCUCCUGCCGCACGUCCCCGCCAUGCUCGAGCUCGUGCAGAGGUGUCUGGCUGACUCCGAGCGCACGGAGAGCUCGAUCAAGCUCGCUAUUGGCUUGCUUGGCGACCUCGCAGACGCGUUCCCGAACGGCCAGAUCAAGCCCUACCUGCUCGCGGACUGGAUUGCCAACGAGCUCCGCUUGAAGAGCCGUGUGUCGCCCGAAACCAAGAAGACUGUGCGGUGGGCCCGGGAGAUGGUGAAGCGCGCCACCGUGUAGAACUAAGAAAUCGUCCGUCUCGCCUCCCCUGUCAGAAUACCAUAUUCCGCUGUUCCCGUGUUCCAUCUUACAUCUCUUAUCUCUACUCACUCAACGUACCGCACCCAGCAAUCGCCCUCUGAAGGAGGACCCGUCGCAUAUCUCACGCUCGUAAUGACUCGCAUGCCGCAUAUGCAUAUGUAGUAGAAGCCGCCGCAGCCCGCCCCCGCCCGUCCGUCGCACCACCCGCUUUGCCGUCUAUAGGACCGUAGUAUUCUCGCGUAUAUCUUCUCUGUCACCCCUACUCCCCGAGCCCGCUGCCCUAUAUCGUAUCGUUGAUCUCUCUAUCGCUGUCGGCGCGCACACCUUGUAUCCCUGGGUCAUUUCCAUGAAUCAUCAGCCUCGUCUCCC